ACCCUCCUACGCGGGCCUUUCAAAAUUCAGCGUACUUACAACCAAGUUCCAUAUUGCGUUCGGUCGCGCGCCUUUCGCCUCACGUCGCAGUAAAUAAAUAUUCUUUCGAUAUUUAAAUUAAAUAUCGUGUAUAAACAACUUUUCAAAUUCAUUUUGUGUCUGUGGAAAUAAAGAUGUAUCGCAAAGUUAGUGUGCUUUUGUGGUGCCUUUAUGUUUUCAGUUUUCCAUUGAGUGAUAGUGCUAUAUCGGCUGAAACUGAGACGAGAUGUCGCAACCCGCCGACUGCACCACAAAAAAUAGAACGAGUUAUUACCCUUUGCCAGGAUGAAAUCAAAGUCUCUAUAUUAAGAGAGGCUCUUGAUGUGAUAAAGGAGGAACACACAAUGCCAGCUGAAAGGAGGAGGAACAAGCGCGAAGUACCAUUUACUCACGACGAAAAACGUAUAGCCGGAUGCUUGCUGCAAUGCGUUUACCGGAAAGUGAAAGCGGUUGACGGUUAUGGAUUUCCAACUCUAGAAGGUCUGGUGGGACUGUACUCAGACGGCGUCAACGAGCGCGGAUAUUUCAUGGCUGUAUUAGAAGCUUCGAGGGAAUGUCUCAUGAGGAACCAUGAUAAGUUCUCCAGGAGUGUGCCCAUGGAUAACGGAAAGAACUGUGACGUGUCGUUCGACAUCUUCGAAUGCAUCUCCGACCGCAUCGGCGAGUACUGCGGGAACUCGGGACUAUGAUCUCUUUAAAAUGUUAAUAUAGAUUCUCAAUACUCUUUUAUCUUUAAUCUUUCACACUUUAAAUUUAUUUUUUCAAACCUUUUUAGAAUGUUAUAUUAAUUAAGGAAACAAAUGUAAAUUCAGAACUAAAUACAUAAGUAUCUAGGAGCCAAUUUCAAUGUAACCUGUUCUUCUGUCACAGUAAUCAA